UGUCUGGCUUGUUUCCACGGUGUGAAGGGCAUCACCUCAAACUCCCUUGACAACAAGAUGAGACAACUCAAGGAACAUGGUCAGGUUCUUGGCAGGAUUCAUCCUGGGUUCUAUGACAUCAGGAAGAGAUUGAAGGAAGAUCUUGAGAGAAUGUUGGCUGAGAGACGAUGAGGAGUCAAGAAGAUGACGGCCGGUAAACGUCUCAAGUCAAGUGAUGGUACAUGUACACAAUAAACAAUGAAGAUGACACCCAGCUCUCUCAUCUUGUGGAGCCUUGCUUCGUUGACCAACCGCCACGCCCAGUCUGGUCACCAUGGCAACUGAACAGCCUCAGGCCCCGCCUCCAGCAGCCAUUGGUCAAGAUCGCCGCUUACCAAUUCCAAUCAGCAAUGAGCGUAGUCGAGGGCAAUGCAAGACACCUGUCAGCUUUGUUGUUGUACCUGUCAGUGAUCUGUGUUACCCUGUUGGUUCACCAGGGAGUAGCAUCUGGGCUUAUACACCAGGGAGCAGCGGUGACUGGAUCCCAAGUAGCAACUUAGAGGACAUACCAGGCACAGCCGCUAACAGGAUGUCUAACUUCCCCCAUCAAGACACUGUCAAGAGAGGAUGGCUACCUAAUGAACAAAGACACCAAAUCCUGUCACACAAGGCCAAUGGAUGGUUGGUUCAUUUACACUGAGUUUGAAAGUGGUAGGAUUCUUAGGAAUCUAGUGCCAGAGAUGAAGCGGAAGCCACAACGAAGCCGGGUUUUCAUAAACACCUCAAAAAGUUGCUCACUCAUCUCGUGGAGCCUUGCUUUGUUCAUCAACUGCCACGCCCGGUCUGGUCACCAUGGCAACUGAACAGCCUCAGGCCCCGCCUCCAGCAGCCAUUAGCCGAGAUCGUCGCUUAUUAAUUCCAAUCAGCAAUGAGCGUAGUCGAGGGCAACGCAAGACACCUGUCAGCUUUGUUGUUGUACCUGUCAGUGAUCUGGGUUACCCUGUUGGUUCACCAGGGAGUAGCAUCUGGGCUUAUACACCAGGGAGCAGCGGUGACUGGAUCCCAAGUAGCAACUUAGAGGACAUACCAGGCACAGCAGCUAACAGGAUGCCUUACUUCCCCCAUCAAGACACUGUCAAGAGAGGAUGGCUUCCAAAUGAACAAACACCUGUCAGCCGGUUUGGUGAGCAACAUGAGCCAAUGUCUGGCAUGCAUCAUAACAUGGCCAUGGGAGAUGGGGGAGGGGUGACAGCUCAUGGAAUGGCAGGAACGGUCUGGAACCCUGUAGCCACCAUGCAACUUCAUGGCACCAAUCCAAAGGUUUGGGGAGCAUCACGGAGCCAGUCAGUCAUGUGACAUGAGAACACCUCUCCAUCCAUUCCUAUAGAGGGCGCUGUUCGUCACAGCUGCAGCAUCCACAAGAGAUAGUUAAGUUAAUUAAUUUUUCUUAGAUGGCCAACAGCCAUAGAGGGUGCCAUAAUGCUAUCUGGUUUGUUCACAGACAUAUUAACACAUAGACCGCCAGUCGUGCGUGUGAAACAGUGAUUUAAUAAUUGGGCAAAAUGUUUGUUGACAGCGCGCAUAACUGCGAUGCCACUCAAUGCGCCAACGCGCUUAGUACAGUACAUACAUUGAAAUACAGUUCAUAAAUUAUUUUUGUAAAGGCUGUAUUACCCAAAAGUUGCUUGAAAAUGUUGGAUACGGUAUUGUUUUUAAUCUACGGAAAUCAUAUUUAGUUCACAAGGAAUUGGUUUACAAUCAAAAACUAACUUCACAAUUUUUUUUUACAUGUUUGACAGGAAUUCUUCAACUGUGUGUAAAAACCCUAUAUACAUGAUAUACCGAGAGGUGAAUUUCCCAAUAGUUUUGAUUUUAGUCGGGCGCUAGGCAAAUCACGAAAUGCUCAUGUAGUUUGAAUAGAACCUGGUAGUCUAUGCAUUUAAGUCUGUGGGUUUGUUGCCUUAACUAACAAAAGAGCUGACGGCAUAAUUCAGAGAAAAGAAUGAAAACAAAAUAAUUACGCCUUGGAAUAAAAAAAAUUGUAUGAAUUCUGUGGAAUUGAAGAUGAUUGUAAACUGCGAGUAGUUUGUAUUUAACUUUAUUUAUGUUAGGCCAAAAAAAAAAA